AUGUCAGCGAUGUCGAGCAUUAGCGUGGAGCUAACCCUGGAUGGGCGGCGGCGGCUGGGGCUCGCAAAGAUGGGUCGCGCCUGCCUUGUGAUGACCACCUCCGACCACCCCCAUCAUCGCCGACACUCCACCACCCCGCUCUUUCCAUCUCUCCGCUCCGCUCAUCACGGUCGCGUGCCGGUUGCCGACCGCUGGACAUCAUUAUCUCCCCCCUCCGCCCCCCAUGGGUCUCCCUCGCACGCAAAGCCAGACCCGACAGCAUGCCUGCGCUCCUCAAUCCGUCGCCGGCCUUCGGUCCACGGCCGCAGACAGACUCGCACGCGCCUGCCACGAGAUCCUACUCUUCUCCCACCACGCUUUGAACGCUCGCCUCCCCCGUCAGUGGGCUUCAAUGGCCUGCGCGAGAGUCGCCGCGGACAGGAAAGGGGCGUGCCUCCUAUCUCGAGUCUCCUGGAGGCUGCCGACCGACGCGGCGCCGCUCCUCUCCCUCCCCCACCACCACCUCCAGUCCCCGAAUCGCGCAACUACUAUACAGAUCUAGAUGCCUUGCACCAAGAGGAGCGUAGACUAUAUCAACGCGAAAUGGACAACAUAUCUCAGGAAGAGGCCCAGAUGAACCGAGACUUGGCUGAGCUGCGCGCGCGCGUGGAAACAUCCGAACAACGUCGUGACCAGAUCAUACGUGAGGCUGAAGCUGCAGGACGAGGGCCUGAAAUCCGGGCUUUCUUCGAUGUUGAAGCUCCCGACGACGAAACCCACAUCACGCUACACCCAGGGCAGCCACUCCGCAUCAUUCGGUCGCCUGAGCCCAUGUCCUCUCGUUUGCGACCGGAUUCACGCGGUGGGUAUCGCGCGAGGAGGAGCAACCUCCCAACCCCUCCUUUGGACACAUCUGGACCAGGCGACGGUGUCCUACUGGUGGACGACGGUGACUCGAUGCAAGCCCGCGCAAGUCGUCGAUCACAUCCUCUUAGCAACUCCUGGCGGGCUGAAUCACCAGCUGAGAUUGACGGCCUUGGCGACAGGAACCGUAGCCCAACUCCAGGGGAUGGAUGGGAGAUUAUGCGCACGACCAUCACUCCGGAUGCCACCCUCCCGAGUGCCGAGAGCAGCUUUACUAGCUCGGCUGCGAGCCAAUCUUUCAAUGCGUCGAGCAACAACACAAACAUCACUGAGCCCGACGCUUCAAGUCGCGAGAACAGUCGACGAAACUCUCGCCAUCGUGCUGCUCGAGACGACUCAGUUUCGUCUGUGGACCCUGACGACUUGGUUUGCUCGGAGGAGGAUGAAUUCGGUGCCGAGGCCUUCGCCGAAGACGUCUACUUCCAUGAGAUGGAGACUCCAGAAGGUCGAGCACGUAUUGCGGCGCACCAACGCCUACGCGCAGAGGAAGGGAACCGAUUCGCGGAUCCCUCACAACCAGGUCGAGUGGACAUUGGAUUGAGACUUCUGGAGGAAGCAUUCAACUCUGAGGAGGGCUCUGAACGUCUCGCAAGCAUUCGACACAUGUCAGAGGACACCGUCAGGCAUUACACCGAAAUGCUUGCUCAUGGCAGGAGAAUCCGGGAACGCCGUCGCAGGCAACGUCUUGACGGCGAUCGACCACCCAGCCCUCACCCUGAACGCUACAGCGAGUCAGUCAACCAUACCGUGAACGAGUCGCGGCGGCAGGUUCACGACUACUUUCGAAGAUUCGGCGCCGAUUCCCUGGAGCCAAGGUCGACGUCCCCACCUCCGCAAUAUGAGCCACUGAGUUCGCAUCCGAAUGCUACAACAUUCACCUCCCGUGAUGGACCAGUGGCACAGCCUGUCAGUCCACCUGGUCCUCACAGCGAACGCGAAGUCUCCGAAGCACUACUAUCCCAGAGCGACGCGCCAGAUCUGGAUUCUAUGCGCCGGAUUGUCGAAAGACUUGCGGCGCGCGACGAUGUGCCCGAGGAAUGGUGGACCUCGAUUGGACUGAAUCUCUCGCGAACACGUCCGCAUCCUCGUAGUCCUACGAGCAGGCGCAGGCGACGGAGUGUCAGCCCAAGAAGUGCGAGUAUGACGAUUGAGAACAUGUUCAAUGGAAGUAGCGGCAAUUCGAGGUUAUGA